GCCCGUGGCGAGCCGGGCUCCCGUGGCCGCGUGCUGGGGCGAGGCUGGCGUCCCGUUAGGAAGAAUGGAGUUGGCGACCGGGUCUCAGGUCCCUAAGGAGGUGGCUGACAUCUUCAACGCCCCCAGCGACGAGGAGGAGUUCCUGGGCUUUGCAGAUGAGGUUCCCAUGGAAACCCUCUCGCCAGAGGGGAGCCGUGAUAGCUUUGACUCGCUGGGGUCCCCGGCACAGGGGUGUGUUUUCGCUUCGGCAGGACGUGCGUUUCCGCUCCACAUACUUCACGGAAGAGCUGAGAAGGAUUUUUGUGGAGGACACCGACUCGGAGAUGGAAGAUUUCGAAGGCUUCGCGCCGAGCGACGUCAGCGGGAGCAGCGGCGCGGAGCUGGGGGAGUCAGAUUUGGGCACCGACAGCUCAGCGUCGGUGGUGAGUGAGGAGGAGGAGGAGGAGGAGGAGGAGGAGGAGGAGGCGGCCCCCCGGCGGCGGCGCAGGUCUGGACGAAGCAGCAUUGGUCUUCGAGUGGCCUUUCAGUUCCCCACCAAGAAGCCGGCGAAGCGGCCCGAGCGGAGCCCUUCCUCAGAGCCCUUGGGCCCCGGCCCACGCUCCCAGGACAAGCAGGCGGUGGCCCCGGGCCGGAAGAAAAGCUGCAGGCCGGGGAGGGACAGGGAGGAGUCGGCCUCGGAGUCCGAGGAUGAGGAGGGCCAGGAGAGCUCAGACGCCCUGCUGAAGAGGAACUUGAACAUCAAGGAGAACAAGGCCGUGCUGGCCCGGUUAUUGGCAGAACUGAACUCGAUGCCGGAUUUCUUCCCUGUACGGAGCCCGGCCUCAGCGUCUAAGAAGAGGACGACGACGCGGCGCGCCUUGUCCGAGGGACAGCUCCCCCGGCGCGUGAACCCAGCCCGCAGCGCCCGGCCACCCGAGCGCUUUGCCCUGGAGAGCUUCACCGUGUCAGCCGCUAAGUUCGCAGAGGAGUUCUGCAGAAUCAGGAGAAGGAAGACCAUCAGCGGGGGCAGAUGCCAGGGGUACAGGCGCCGGCACCGAGUGUCUUCCUUUCGGCCCGUGGAGGAUAUCACUGAAGAGGACCUGGAAAACGUGGCCAUCACCGUUCGAGACAAAAUCUAUGACAAAGUCCUGGGGAACACGUGCCAUCAGUGCCGGCAGAAGACCAUCGACACCAAGACCGUGUGUCGCAACCAGGGCUGCGGCGGCGUGCGGGGCCAGUUCUGCGGGCCCUGCCUGAGGAACCGCUACGGCGAGGACGUGCGCUCCGCCUUGCUGGACCCGGACUGGAUGUGCCCCCCCUGCCGCGGGAUAUGCAACUGUAGUUACUGCCGCAGGCGUGACGGACGCUGUGCCACGGGCAUCCUCAUCCACCUGGCCAAGUUCUACGGCUACAACAACGUUAAGGAGUACCUGGAGAGCUUACAGAAGCGGCUGGUGGAAGACAAUUAAGAGAGGCGGCAGCCAGCCAGUUCAGUGGAGAAGACAUGCAUACCGUUUGUGCCUACGAUUUCUUAUAGUUGUGUUUUUAUACAGCAAUGUCUUUGUAGAGUUCAGAGUUUCUAAAUACUAUUUUUAAAAAAGAGAUGUGUUUAUGUGCAUACAAGAUCUCAGGAAGUUAGCAGAGGACUCUAUGUAUAUAUAUUUACAUACGUGUUGUGUGCACUGAAUUGUUCGAAGUGUCUGCUGAUGGCAAAGCACAAUUUCAGUGGCAUGGAAGGAAGCUUCAGGUAAGUGGUGGAGGCGGCGCGGUUGCCGUAGGCCCUUGUGCAGUGAUCGGUGCUGCUCUUUCACGUCCCAGACAGAUAACUCUAGGUCAGGCCGUUACCCACCCUUCGGUUUUUGCCUUCUCAUCAUUAAGCACACUGAACAGGCGAGUGCCAGCGUUUUAUUGGACUGUGUACAACAGGGGGCCGUCAUAUCCUGCUGCUUCUGUUUUUAAGAGUUGGUCUUUAAUAUCUGAUAAGAACUACCAUGCCCCUCCCUGCUCUGUGUCCAGAUGAGACCUUGGAGGGAGGGGGGAGCUGGGCUAGGGGGAUGGAAGAGUCCCUCCCCUUCUCAUGUUUUAAGGACGGUGUUUUAAAAAGGGAAUGCACGUGCCCUUGUUAACACUAGGGGAGCCCCCCCCCCC